GUGACCGCCUGCAUCAUAGCUUAUCACGAGGACUGCUUGCCAGCCGUCCACCUACACUGGAAAGUCAACUCGCCUCUUCCCUGUCUCACUUUGCCUUGAUAUAUAUCCUUCUGUUCUUCAAACCUAGCACGGCAGGCCUCUCUGAUUCCCUGUUAAAUGGCUUUUGUUUUGCUCUACUAGUAAAAGAGAGCCGGUUGAUUGCGCCGAGUUCCCAUUCGUAUUUAGGUUCAGUUGACCGCCCGCUGACUAUCAUCACUUCUAAUGAAUGACCUUUAAUUGACAUUUGUAUCCCUGCUCAAGGGCAGUUACGAUGCACUGCGGUGUAGGUAGCUUACGCGAAUGUGAUUUGGUGAACGCUGCGAGAUAUUCAGCCCAUCAUGAUGACAUCGAACAUCUUAUCUCGUUUCCUCCCUCCGAACGGCUCACCGUCGGUGUAUGAAACGCUUCGACAACAGGACGCGGAUUCGAACCCUUCGGACGUUGAGGAGCGUGCUGGAUUGGCAUUUGGAGAUGACCAGAGAAGCCAAUUUAGUGACCGUGAGUUAGAGGAAGCGAUGGCCGAUGCUAGGAGAGACGGUAUACGAAGCCCGAGCCCGAGCCCGAGCGAGCCGUUCCUGACUCAACGGAGCCCGCAAAGGAUAUCUAGCAAAGAUUCCGCUAAAACUAGCUCUCGUCGGCGGAAAUAUGGACGUUCUCGGUGGAUGCAUCAUGACCCCGAUGAUGGCGAUGAUGAUGUGCCUCCCUCCCUGUUAGUAGAAGGGGACCAUGAUGACGACGAAAUGAAGUCUCGGCUUCCCCCCCCUCCUCUUUCCCAUCGCCGCCUCGAGCAAGAACAUUCUUCUGCCCCUGGGCCUUCAUCACGGGGGGAUCGGGUUCGUUGGAACACCACUAGAGAACAACUCCCUCUCCAUAAUGGCCACCAGAGGCAGCGUCCCGGGGUAAUCUGGUCGCUGGGGCAUCCGAACCUGGCCACAGUAGAUCCUAAAGAGAAAGCCAUGUGGCUGUGGGCCAACGUGGAGAAUCUAGAUAAUUUUCUGAAGGAUGUUUAUACGUACUUCUUAGGGAAUGGGAUUUGGUCCAUAUUGCUGAACCGCGUCUUGAGCCUCUUGACGUUUGGAUUCGUCGUGGGAUUUAGCACUUUUCUCACCAACUGCAUUGAUUAUCGCAACUUUCGAGGAAGUAGGAAAAUGGAUGAUAUACUCAUUCAGCAAUGCACCAAGAAGAUGUCUAUGUCUUCGACCUUGUUACUCUGGCUGCUGACAGUUUUCUGGAUUGGAAAGGCUUUUCAGUACUUGAUGGAUAUCAGAAGGCUCAAGCAUAUGCAUGACUUUUACUACUAUCUACUCGGAAUCUCUGAUGCCGAGAUCCAGACGAUCUCCUGGCAGGAGGUUGUGAGCCGACUAAUGACUCUUAGGGACGCAAAUCCUGCCACCGCUGGGGCAGUCUCUGCCAGGCAUCGGAAGUUCAUGGGCAGUCAAUCCAAGCAGCGGAUGGAUGCUCACGAUAUCGCAAAUCGACUGAUGCGCAAAGAGAACUACCUGAUCGCUUUGGUGAACAAGGAUAUACUAGAUUUGACUCUCCCAAUACCGUUCCUCCGAAACAGGCAACUAUUUUCACAGACGCUAGAAUGGAACAUUAAUCUCUGCAUUAUGGACUAUGUUUUCAAUGACCAGGGCCAGGUGCGAACCUUGUUCCUGAAGGACACCCACCGAAAAGCCUUGAGCGAGGGUCUGCGGCGGCGAUUCAUCUUCGCAGGCAUCAUGAAUAUCUUCGUAGCCCCUUUUAUCGUUGUUUACUUCUUGAUGCAUUAUUUCUUCCGUUAUUUCAACGAGUACAAGAAGAACCCAUCCCAGAUUGGAUCCCGGCAGUACACCCCCUUGGCCGAAUGGAAAUUCCGCGAGUUCAAUGAACUCUGGCAUCUAUUUGAGCGUCGAGUCAACAUGUCCUAUCCUUUUGCCAGCCGCUAUGUGGACCAAUUUCCCAAGGACAAAACCGUCCAGCUCGCCGGCUUUGUCGCGUUUGUUUCUGGCGCCUUGGCAUCAGUAUUGGCUUUGGUAUCGAUUGUAGACCCAGAACUGUUCCUGGGUUUUGAGAUCACGCAUGAUCGCACUGUUCUAUUCUACUUGGGUGUUUUUGGCUCUGUAUGGGCUUUUGCCAGGGGCUUGGUCCCGGAAGAGACGAAUGUUUUUGAUCCUGAGUACGCACUUCUUGAAGUGAUCGACUUCACCCACUAUUUCCCGAACCAUUGGAAAGGGCGGUUGCAUAGUGACGAAGUUCGGAAGGACUUUGCUAUGCUUUAUCAGAUGAAGAUCGUCAUCUUCCUGGAAGAGAUCCUGAGCAUGAUUUUCACGCCAUUCAUUCUUUGGUUCAACCUGCCUAAAUGCAGUGAUCGCCUUAUUGACUUCUUCCGAGAAUUCACCGUGCACGUGGAUGGCAUGGGAUAUCUCUGUUCAUUUGCGGUAUUUGAUUUCAAAAAGGGCACUAACGUCAUCUCUCAAGGCGGCACAGGACGACGAGAGACCGGAAAGCAAGACCUCCGGACAGACUACUUCUCCACCAAGGAUGGCAAAAUGCUUGCAUCGUACUAUGGGUUUUUGGAUAACUAUAGUGGCAGCCGCCCUAGGAACCCGUCCACUCGGCGUCAUUUCCACCCCCCACCUGCAUUUCCAACGCUGGGGUCGCCGUCCGCCGUUGAAAUGGGCAAUAUCGGCAACCGGCUCGACCGAACACAAACACGAUAUGGCCCGGGGGCUGGUUUAAUGGGUCAACAGUCAGGGUUAGGACCUGGCUUCGGGGCUGCAGGAUUUGGUGAUCACGCAUCGCCCGCACCAUCCAUUCUCCUCGAUCCGCAUCACCAGCCGACGGCAUCAGAAUUCCGGGCGGCAAGCCGCUCUACCCCCUAUCCACGCUUUAAAUCUUCACGUCCAGUGCGGCCCAUAACUGACCCAAUCGAGGAUGACAAUGAAUCGCCUUCCGCGGAGAUUCGCGGAGCUGCCAUCAAGAAGUCGCCGCAUACGACAACGGGAUCUAGCGGUGGAGCUAUCGGCACCAGCGACAGCAACCUGGGGGAGUCUUGGCGGAUGAACUUGAUGGGGGAUGAGGACGACAGUGGUGGGGGGGAAGAAGGAGAGAAUGUCGACGAGAUUGCUGGGAAUGCAGGGGUCUUAGGGCUCAUCCAGCAAUUUCAGAAGGUCAGCAAGGACAACCGGGGACGGACCACGGUUGGAAUAUAAGCCCAUAAGCUUCCCUACCCCUACACCGUCUAGUUAGUUUUAAGUGACCAGUAUGGAAGUUUGAGGUCUUUCCAUAACUUGCCGAAGAGUGUCUAUUUGAGUGUAUAUACAUGCUACCCAGCUUGGCAUACCUGUGGUGCAGAUUAGGAACGGUAUUUUGGGAUGGCUACGGGCUGCCCGUAGAAGUUGCAUAAAUAUAUGGAUGCAUAAAC